AUGGAUGGAAUUUACUUGCCUGAUGGGCGUCAAGUUGCAUUAAUUGAUCGUGAUUGGAUUCUUGACGAAUUACCACAUUUAGGAAAUCCUGACGAUAAUUCCGACGUGAAUUAUUUACUUGCAUCAGCAGCAGCUGCUAAUUGUAGUACUAGUAUAGCACCAGGUAGUUCAACAGGUCGAACUACAUCAACUAUUGGAACAGGAACUAGUUCAUCACACGGAACAUCUCCUCAUACGGUUAGUGGAACUAGUAGAACUGCAGAUAGUACAGGAACUACUAGUGGAAGUACAGGAGUAAAUCAUUCUGUUCCAGGAGUUAGUCAUCAUCAUCAUAAUUUAUCGUAUAAUCCAGACGAAUUUGAAAGUGAUUUAACAUUACUUUCGGAAAUUGUUGAUGAAACACAAAAUAAGUGGUCUGAUUUUGGACUUAAUCAAUUACUUACAUCAUACGCACGUUCAGUUCAGCCAGUACUUAAAUAA